UGUUCUUGCAUUAUUUAGGUGCUAUUUUAGGGCUUUGACAUAUCCAUCCUUGAAACAACAGUUGCAUAACCAUGAUUAGUUGUACUUAACACGAGCUAGUUUAAGUUAAAAAGAAAUCAGUCCAGUCUAGAGAUCUUUAUUGGGCUCGAGUUGGGUUCAAUCUGAGCCGUCCUACUUUGCAACACUAAACUGGUACAUCCCUUCCUAGUAUGGGCACGUAGUGGAAUUACGCCCAACACCUUCUCCCCUGUAUCUUUCAUCCUCCUGAACUACUUGUCGAUGGCCUCCCACUUCUCCUUGCACCUCUUUUGGCGUUGCGGUGGUGGCUCAUCGCCGCGCUGACCUCCUCCCACUUCGCCCUGGAGCCACCAUCGCCGCGCUCACCUCCUGCCAGAUCGGCCACUUCGGCCCCAUCUCGUGAAAUCUCCGCUCCAGUCCGCUUCUCACCCGUAUCAGCGCCUGCACCUCCUCCUUCCACUGCUCGUGUUGGCGGCCGUCGAGGGUGGCUCUUUUGAAAGAGCAAUUGGAACUGUCGAAUGUAGAUAGGCGUGGGUGGAAAUGGGUCAAGUGAGACGGUAGAUUCGGCGGCGGCGGCGGUUAGUUGGGAGGCAGUGGACAUCGGCGGCGGCAGCGACGAUGGUACAGGGGAUGGCGUGUGGGAUGGAGAAUACUGUUUGCUUCAGUAUUUUCUGUAGCAUGAGACAGUACUGACUUCAUCAUUCUUUGGGUAGUUUGUUUCCAUGUGAGUCCCUGAUUAAGAAACUGAUGAGUCUUGCGUGCUUAUUCAUCAAUACUUCAUAUAAAUAUCUCAGGUUCAUAAUUAUUCUCCCUCUACUUGAUGUUAGAAUCGGUGUUAAUUUUCUUAUUUAUACCUAAUUUAAAUUCGAUUAGCGAGGUUUCUAAAUUGACUUAAACGGAUCGGGUAAUGGAAAUACCCGAUCCAUUGCGACCCGUAGAUGAGUGAGUAGGAGAGAGAGGAAGGGCUCGACCAAACCCGCUUUAUUAGAACCCGACCCGAGCCCGAACCCAUUUAUUCAGCCAAACCCACCGAAUCCCCUUUCGAUUGCAAUCGCACGCGUCAUUCCUCGCUCCCUAAUCGGCCAUGGCCGCCGAUCCCUUCUUCCACUUCUCCCUUUGAAACCCCGCGUCCCCGAAACCCUACCGAUGGCUUCCCCCUUCCCCCAUCUUCUCCCUUCCAUCCCCCUCUCCCCCUCCCAUCCCCCCCUCUUCCUCCCCUCCAAGAUCCUCUCUCCUCAACACCGUCGCCGCCCUGCUGUCUCAGCCGCCCUCCAGUGGAACCGUAAGCCCCAGCUCGCCGGGGAGACCCCCCGCGUGGUGGUCGUCACUUCCGGAAAAGGCGGCGUCGGCAAGACCACUACCACCGCCAACGUCGGCCUCUCCCUAGCCCGCUUCGGCUUCUCCGUCGUCGCCAUCGACGCCGACGCCGGUCUCCGAAACCUCGACCUCCUCCUUGGCCUCGAGAACCGCGUCAACUACACCGCCGUCGAGGCCCUCAACGGCGACUGCCGCCUCGACCAGGCCCUCGUCCGCGACCGCCGUUGUCCCUCGCUCGAGCUCCUUUGCAUCUCCAAGCCCCGCUCUAAGCUCCCACUCGGCUUCGGCGCCAAGGCUCUUACGUGGGUUGUCGACGCGCUCCGCUCACGGCCGGCGGGUCCUCCACAUUUCGUGCUCAUCGACUGCCCCGCCGGCAUAGAUGCCGGAUUCAUCACCGCCAUCGCGCCGGCGAAUGAGGCCGUGUUGGUCACCACCCCCGACAUCACUGCCCUACGCGACGCCGACCGUGUCACUGGCCUUCUCGAGUGCGAUGGCAUCCGUGACAUCAAGAUGAUCGUCAAUCGGGUUCGUACGGACCUAAUAAGGGGCGAGGACAUGAUGUCAGUGCUUGACGUGCAGGAAAUGCUUGGACUUGCAUUGCUUGGUGUCAUCCCGGAGGAUUCAGAAGUUAUCAAAAGCACGAAUAGGGGAUAUCCACUUGUUCUAAACAAGCCUCCCACAAUGGCUGGACUUGCAUUCGAGCAGGCAGCAUGGAGACUGGUGGAGCAGGAUACAAUGACUGCUGUCAUGGUUGAGGAGGAACCCAAGAAGAAGGGCUUCUUUUCCUUCUUUGGUGGUUGAGAUUUUAGACAUGGAGGAUGGAUUUUGAGUUUGAUAUUUUUGAGACUAUGAGUUUGAUUCUCAGCAUACUAGGAGUAUUAUGGCGAAUCAAAAUUGGGAUCAAAGUUUGGUUGUGUACAGUUGAUAGGACAAGUACAUGAAAAGAGCUGCAGGAAUGGUGAGUUUCCAGCUUGUAGGACUGAUUAAACUUACAGCUUUAUGUACUCGUGGUUAUGUUGAUGUUGAUUUUGGCCGCCAUGACAAGGUUUGAAAGUUCCUUAAUGGCGUCAAGGAAAAAGGAGAGAGGGCUGAUUGUUGAACUGUUCAUUCAAGUAUCUAACAUGAUCCCAUCUUUCUGAAGUCCUUGUUUUAAAUGAGUUGACUUAACAUUAUUUAGUGUAGCUUGUAGCAGGUGCAGAUGCACCUUCUCUCUAUCUACAUGGCUGGGUUGGAUAGAGAAGUUAGCCAUUUUUGUAGAAGAGUUUGCAUUUGAACAAGAGAACUGUGCCUUGAUGUGGCUUGAAGUAUGGAAUAUAUGGAUGGAAUUUUGUGUUCA